UGAGAGAAUGUUACAUAAUGAGACUCCUAAGAAGGAAACUGUGGGGAAAAAAACAUCAUGAGAAAUAACAAGCACACUCAGCAAGUGUGCAAGAUAUGCGGUCAGUUAAUAAAUCACAUUUAUUUCCAUGAACCAGCUGUGAUGGUUUGAAGGAAAAUGGCCCCCAAAGGGAGUGGUACUAUUAAAAUGUGUGGUCUUGUUGGAGGAAGUGUGUCACUGUGGAGGCGGGCUUUGAGGUCUCAUAUGUGCACCAGAUACUACACAGUGUCUUAGACCACUUACUGUUAUCUGCAAGAUGUAGGACUCUUCACUGCUUCUCCAGCACCAUGUCUGCCUGCAUACCACUAUGUCCCACCAUGAUGAUAAUGGACUGAACCUCUAAACUGUAAGUGAGCCACUCCAAUUAAAUGUUUUCAUUUAUAACAGUUGCCAUGGUCAUGGUGUAUCUUCACAGCAAUAGAAACCCUACCUAAGACACCAGCUAUGGAGAGUCCACAAAUGAAAUCAAUAAAAUGUUUUCAUUUAAAAUAUUAAAUUAUUUAUAAACAAAUUAAGCCACCAGGAACCCCCCCAAAAAAAACACCCCACAGUUUAAAAAUACACACUGUAAAUCAUUGAAGGGCACCACAGGGCUGUAUAAUGUAGCCUAUGCUUGUAGAACUUGAGUUUUAAUGUCUAGGCUGAUCUACAGAUUUGGUGCAAGCAUAUGGAAAGCUCAGUGUUCCUUUUGCUAAUAUUCACAAGCUCACCCUACAAUUUAUGUGAACAUGCAAGAGGCCCAGAAUAUCUAAACUAUUUUGAAAAAGAAGAAUAAAUUUGGAAGAUUUACAUUUAGCUGCCUUAACCUUGCUACAAAAUUAUACCACCCAAAAGAGUGAUAUUGGCACAAUGAUAGACCAUAAGUCAACUGAAUAAAACUGAAGAACCUCAAGAGAAACCCUGACAUUUAUGAUCAAUGCAUAAGUAUAUGAGGAUAGUUUAAUGGAGAAAGAACAGUAUAUUGACUAAAUGGUGCUGGAAGGUUGAGACAACCAUGUCCAGAAUAAUUAAGUUGAACACUUUGUACAUACUGUAUAUAAACACUCUGAAGCAAAUGGAAGAGUUAAAAGUUGUAUAACUUGCCAUUUCUGCGAGAACCCCGGAAGGAUGUUGGUGUAGAGGACAUUCACUACCAUGAAUUCUGGUGCAUUGCCAAAACCUCAGAUGCAUGGUCUUCUGGCCAAGCGCCUGCGGGUUCACAUUGUUGGUGCAUUCAUUAUGGCCCUGGGAGUUGCCGCUUCUUAUAAGUUUGAUGUGGCUGAACCCAGAAAGAAGGUGUAUGCGGAUUUCUACAGGAAUAAUGACUCCAUGAAGGACUUUGAAGAGAUGAGGAAGGCUGGUAUUUUCUAGAGUGUGAAGUGACUUCAGAAUGUACAGAAUUCUUUGGAUUGCAUUCCAUAGAAGUUCAUUGCUGACCUGUGUUCCUGAACUAUGAAACAUGAAUAUGUGGGCUAAGGAGUAGUUUACCUCAAUAAACAAUCAACAAUUAUAUGGACAAAACAA